ACUUCAACGUAUUUUUUCUUAACCAAUCGAUGUUCUUGUUAGGGUGAGUGGGCGGAACCAUCUUUUACGGAAAUGUGUGCAUGUCCUUGAUUAUGAAGUAACGUGGAGAGGAAUAAGCUUCAUUUGAUGGUGUAAUUUGUCGCUUAUCCAAUUAAAAGGCGUGUGUCAACACCAGCUCAGUGACCAUGCCUCUCCACAAGUACCCCCCAAAAAUCUGGGAAGCCAUGAAACUGAAGCAGGGGAUCUAUGCCCGCCUCCCCAAACACUACCUCCGCUCUCUGGAGGAGACCACGCAGCCCACCCCGGUCCACUGGAAGGCCCUGGGAAUCAAGUACAGGGCCAACCCCAAAACAGGGCACAAGGAGCGGGUACAAGACGUCCCCAUCCCCAUCUACUACCCCCCAGAGUCCCAGGAUGGCCUAUGGGGAGGUGAGGGAUGGAUAUCAGGCUUCAGAUAUGCCAACAAUGACAAACUCUCCACCAGGCUGGAAAGAGUCUGGAAGCCACAGCUGUUCACCAGAGAGUUGUACAGUGAGAUCCUCAACCACAAGUUCACCAUCACCGUAACGGCUCGCGCACUAGACCUCAUUGAUGCUGCCUACGGCUUUGACUACUACAUCCUGAGGACACCAAAGGAGGACCUGAACUCCAAGCUAGGAAUGGACCUGAGGCGGGCCAUGCUCCUGAGGCUGGCCUUUAAAGACACCCAGCUCUACCCAGAGGACCCUGCCAAGAGGGAGAACAUCUACACCAAGUACAAACAGCAGUUUGAGAUCCCUGCAGAGGAGGCUGAGUGGGUUGGCCUGAGUGUGGAUGAGGCUGUGGAGAAACAGAGACAACUGGAGCACAAGGAGCCGGAGCCUCUGUUCAAGAGCUGUGUGGAGAACCUGGUGAAGGAGCUGGCCAUCCAGAAACUCUCUGAACCACAGCUGGUGGAGAAGAAGUAAGGGUCAUUUUCUGAGGAGCACUAAGGUCACUUCCUGUUGACAGUGACACUUCGUCCCAUUGAAAGACACUUAUUUAUUCAGGUUCUAUUUUUCAGCAGCACAUUUGGACAUAUCUCCAUCUGGGUUGUUACGAUGUAAAUAUUCCCCAUUCCUGUUUGAUAGUGAGACUUUCCUUGAUCAGUGAUAUCUCAUUUGUCUGAGGAAUAAAAUAUUCACAUUUCUUGAUUUGUUUUUAUUGACAAUAUGAUGCCUAAUCUAGACUGUCAUACUCCAGUUUAUCCUCUAGAUGGAAGUGUUUUUCAGUAUCAGAAUUUAAGAAUGAUAGAAGACAGCCAGGAGCCUCUUUUAUCAAAGGUGCUUGCGCACGGAAAAAUACUCUAAACCGUGCUUGUGGCAGUUUUCCCGUAUUGAUAAAUGUUGAACUUAAUGGGGAAGUGUGCGUAUUGCAGGUACAGUUCAUACCAUAUGCAGAAGAUUCACAUUUUCUAGUGGUUGACCAAUUGUAUUGCAAGCAAAUAUUGUUAUUUUUGGAGGAAGUGGAGGUGUUUGAUUCAUGUGUAUUGUAAUAAUGGUAGGCUAAUAAAAACAUGUAGGUCUAAUUGUAAAACGGAUACAUCAGGAGAUCAGAUAGCAGCAGGAAUCCUAAUAUGUUUCUUUUGCUUUAAACAUUUUUUUUUAUAGGCCUAAAUUAUUGUCAUGUUGCAGGACGUGUCUCUCCUUUUCAACCAUGACUGGUUUAUUCCUGCUACACAACAAAUAGGUAGUUCCACGAAAAGGGUGCCUUUUUGCAUCCCUUUGAUAUUUGAAGUGGAAAUUGUGCACCAAUAUUGAAUUUUAAAAGCCUGUUAUUAAAUGAAGUGCCCUUUUAAUAUAGACCGCAUGGAGAAGUCAAUACAUCUGAAUAAAAGCUUGCUAGUGUCC